AGGAGAAGUAGGUCAAAUAAAAAGUCAAAGUCGAUUGAAUGGAGCAUUCGAGAAGAAAGUGGGGAAAGACGGAGGAGGAAGAAAGGAGUAGAAUGUAGAAUGUACAAUGUCGCCUCUGUGUAUGGGUUUGCGUGAUAUGUUGUCAUCUUAUUCACGGACCAGACGAGAGAUAUGAUGGAUAUACUGGCAUCAAAUUUGUCAGAUGGCGUAAUUUAUGGUCUCGAGGACAGGAAAUGAUUAAGAUUUUCAAGCGGAAUUGCUUGAAACAGCAUGCUUGAAGGCAUUUGAAUGCCAAGGAGUGCCAACGGAUGGUUUGAAGAAAGUUUACGCAGAUGACGAUUCAUGAGUUUGCGAGCAUUUUUGGAUCACAGUGUGAUCUAUCAUCAAGAUGAGGUAGGCAGAAAAUUGUAGAAAAAAGGUGAAAGCAAGGUCCAUGGCUUUCCAAGUGCUUCGGGGAGGAGUUGGGAAUGCUGUUGGGAACGUUGUGUUGGCUCCCGUGUCAGAGUUACUUUCAAGGCUUCUGGUGCAGGUGGCUGAGACGGCUUUAGCUGCAAAGGAUGUCCUGAUUGAGAAAGAGAGUUUUUCUGAACUUGCCAAAUACUUGGAGAAGUUUAGGCCCAUCUUGAAAGAGCUUAGAGAUAAAAAUACGAGAGACACACCCCCAAUACGAGUUUCAGUUGAAUCUUUAGAAAGAGAGCUCAAAUUGGCAAAAGAACUGAUAAGCACUUGUUCAUCCAAAAGUAGGUUCUACUUGCUGAUUAAUUGUCGAACUUUUGUCAAACAGAUUCAGGAUAUCACAAAUGAGAUUGGACGAUGUCUAAGCCUCAUUCCGAUUGCAACUCUGGACAUAUCCAUGGAUAUCAGGGAGAAGACAAUUGCUCUACAAAAAGCAAUGGUAAAUGCUCAGUUCAAGGCAGCAGUCAAAGAAGAAGAAAUUAUAGAUAAAAUCAAUUCUGGUGUGAAAGAGCAUCGGAUUGAUAGUGAUUAUGCAAAUGAAAUGCUCUUGCUAAUUGCAAGAGCCGUGGGUGUACCAGUGGAUCCAGUCUCUUUAAAACAAGAGCUUGAUGAAUUCAAGAAAGAGAAAGAAGAGGCACAGCUUCGUAAAAGUCAGGCGGAGGCCAUGGAACUUCAGCAGAUAAUUGCAUUUCUAAGUCAGGCUGAUGCAGCACAGCCUGCAAAUGAGAAGGGAAGCAAUUAUCAGAGAGAGAAGCAUAAUGGGAGAAAUCAAGCUCUACCUCCUCUGCAAUCUUUCUUUUGUCCAAUUACACAAGAAAUAAUGGAAGAUCCAGUUGGACUGAUUUCUGGUCAGACAUUUGAACGCAGUGCAAUUGAGGAUUGGUUUUCAUCAGGAAAUAGAACAUGUCCAGUAACAAAGACACAGAUUUCAACUUUAGAUUUGAAGCCCAAUAUAUCUCUUCAAAAUUCUAUUCGCGAAUGGAAAGACAGAAAUACGCUUUUCAAUAUAGCUGCAAUUGCUACGAAGCUUCGGAGUGGUUCUGAUGAUGAAAUUGCAACUGCAUUAUUAGACCUGUACAACUUAAGUGAGGAAAAGCCUGUCCACCGAGACUGGAUAAGUGCAGAAGGGCUUGUUCCUGUUCUUGCACAGCUAUUGAAUUCUGACAAGCGUGACAUCAGGAAGAGGACAUUUGCAACAAUGCGGAGCAUUGCAAUAAAUAACAAUGAAAACAAGGAGAGAAUAGCGGAUGCAGGGGCAGUAACUUGUGCAGUACGCUCAUUAGCACGAGAUAUUGAGGAAGGAAAGCAAGCAGUGGCGCUCUUGUUAGAAUUAUCUAGAAAUUCAAAAAUUUGUCAACAGAUUGGUAGAGUUCAAGGCUGCAUUCUGCUACUGGUGACAAUGCUUAAUAGUGAAGAUCCUUGUGCUGUUCAGGAUGCUGGGGAGUUGCUGAACAUCCUAUCAAAUGAUAAUCAGAAUGUUGUCCAAAUGGCAGAAGCUAAUUAUUUCAAGCCACUUCUGCAAUGCUUGUCCGAAGGUUCGGAUAUGACUAAGAUUCUCAUGGCAAGUGCAUUGGCAAGAAUGGAGCUCACAGAUCAAAGUAAAGCUGCCUUGGGGCAUGAAGGGGCAAUAUCCCCUUUGGUGAAAAUGUAUAUGUCAGGGAAACUUGAAGCAAAAUUUGCUGCAUUGAGAGCUUUGCAGAAUUUAUCUACUCUUUCCCAGAACACAGAAUAUAUGAUCAAUGCUGGAAUCAUACCUCCCCUUCUCCAGCUUUUAUUUUCUGUUACCUCGGUUCUGGUGAGUUUGAAAGAGCCAGCAGCAGCAAUACUGGCAAAUUUAGCUGUUGCCAACAGUGGUCAUGAAUGGAAAUGUGACUUGUCAGAUGGCGUUCUGGAAAAUGAUGAUAUAAUUUGUCAGUUACUCUCACUUUUGAACCUUGUUGGGCCUGUUAUUCAGGGUCACUUACUUCAAGCUCUUAAUGGUAUGGCAUGCCCACAAAUGGCUUCUCAGGUUAGAUUUAAAAUGAGAGAAAGUGGUGCAAUACAGCUCCUCUUACCAUUUUUUCAUGCCAAAGACAAAGAACUUCGAAUAAGUGCUUUAGAGUUACUUUACUCCCUAUCUCAAGAUGGAUCAGGAAGAGAGUUAGCAGAUCAACUUGGAAAAACUUACAUUGUUGCUUUGGUGAAACUUCUUUUGGUAUCACUUAGAGAGGAUGAAAAGGCUGCUGUUUUGGGUAUCAUCAGCAAUUUUCCAGUAAAUGAUAGCAUAAUUACAGAAAUUCUUUUACAAGCCAAUGCUCUGCAAGUAAUAGUUAGUUUACUUCACAUAAAUAACACUGAAACUGCAGUUCGGUCGGCACAGAAUCAUUUGGUGGAGAAUGCUGCAGGAGCCUUGAUUCGCUUCACAAUUCCUUCAGAUAAAAGAUUACAACAUCUAACUGUGGAGCAUGAUGCAAUACCAUUACUUGUGCAAUUACUUCUUUGUGGGCCUCCAAUUGCCAAGUCCAGAGCAUCAACCUCACUAGCACAACUUUCUCAAAAUUCCCUAUCAUUGACUACUCCAGUGUCCAAAAAGCGUAGUUGGUUCUGUAUUUCUCCAUCUUCUGAACUGAUUUGUGAAGUCCAUGGUGGUUGUUGUUCGGUGAAAACAUCGUUUUGUCUAGUUGAGGCUGGAGCACUUGUUCCACUCCUACAGGUGUUGGACGACAAAGAUAGGCAAGCAGAUGAAGCAGCACUGGAUGCCUUGUCCACUUUACUUUGUGAUGAGAUUUGGGAAAAGGGUGUCAAUGCUAUUGCAGGGGCACAUGGCAUUAGACCUAUUUUAAGGCUUCUUACUGUUGGAAGUGCAGCAGCUCAAGAGAAAGCUGUAUGGAUCCUCGAAAGAAUUUUCAGAAAUGAAAGCUACAGAUUAGAAUAUGGGAAUCAAGCCCAAAUGCCACUCAUUGACCUUGCCCAGAAAGGAACUCCUGCAACGAGGUCUCUUGCAGCCAAAAUCUUGGCAUAUUUCCAACUUCUUCAAAGUCAGUCAAGCUAUUUCUGAUCUUCCUUCAGCUUGAAGCACUUUUCAAACAAAAUUGGCUGUUUCUAAAUGCUGAACCGCAAAAUUAUCAAGCUAGUCACCUCUACUUUUAAUAUUCUUGUACUGUGUUCACCUUCACUCUAAAGAAAUGCUCUUUACAGAUAAGAUACCACAUGAACUGCUUGUAUUAUUAUUUAAACCAUAAUCUAUCUUUGUAUGACCAAAUUAUUUUUGAUCGUAUGACUGAAUGUGUAAUUGUUCAGUCAACGACUGGGCUUCAUAAUGAGAUUUCUUUCUUGUGCUA